AUGUACAAAGUGUGUUCGCUUUGGAUUUUAUUACUAACCUUGUCAACUUGUUUAAGUGAAGAUUACCAUCUCCUGGAUACGCCAUGUCAGCGAAAGAAUUUAAAGGGGCGUUGCAUUCUUUUGAAUUCUUGUAAAUUUGCACUAAAUUUAAUGAAGGAACAUAACGACACACUAGCUGAGACUUUAUUAUCGUGUGGACGUUUGAAUAUUGUGCCCCUGGUAUGCUGUCCGAUUGAGAAAACGCCAGAGACAGACGAAUCAGUAAUUCAUUUUCAACAAGAAGAAAUCACAACAUUUCCACCUCCUAGAAGUACAACCAGAACACCUACAAGACCUCCGGUUAUCCCAACCUCUACAAUUUUACCAUCUAGACAUGUUUGUGGCAAACAAGCGAUUGAAGACAGAAUAGUGGGUGGCGAAAUUGCAUCACUGUAUGAUUUUCCUUGGAUUGUUCGGCUUUAUUUUAGUGAGAAUGGUUAUGCUUGUUCUGGGACAUUAAUAACAAAUCGGCAUGUUAUAACUGCAGCACAUUGCUUUACUACUCCAAGUAAACUUUUAUCAGUUCGUCUUGGGGAAUGGGAUUCAACGAUAUCAGCCGACUGCAGUGACAAUAGAUGUAGCGAUCCGCCUGAAGAUAGAAAAGUAUUACAAACAAUAAUACAUCCUUACUUUAAUCCACACAGCGAUCCUACACAUGAUAUAGCUAUUGUGGUUUUGGAUGAACCUGUUAACUUUACUGACUUUAUUAAACCCGCGUGCCUACCAACCACUGAAUAUGUAGCAAGCCAAGAUUAUACUAAUGAUAAUUCUUACAUGACAGCUGGAUGGGGAAUUACAGAGUAUGGUAGGAUCUCAACGAAAAAACGCAAGCUGUCCAUAAACGCUGUAUCUUACGACAUAUGUCGUGCGGCAUUAAAUUUGGAUCGUGAUUCGAGAGAUCCUUUUGUAAUCUGUGCUGGAGGAGUUAAAAACAAGGACAGCUGUCAAGGGGACUCUGGUGGGCCUCUUAUCGGACAAGUAGUUGAAGAUCAUGAAGUAAACUGGUACUUAUUUGGAAUAACAAGUACGGGUUCGAAGUUUUGCGGCCGUCCAGGUAUUCCUGGUGUCUAUACAAGGAUAUCGAAAUAUAUGCCUUGGAUCGAAAACCAUUUAUCGAGAUAA